CCGCCCAUUCAUCCCUUUCUCUCGCGAAGUAAUUCCCAUUGAUUCUUAUUGAACGGCGAGUCGCGAGCCCCUCGGGGGAGAGCCGUGUGAUUUGUGAAGGGUCGCGAGGACAAGACACGCCCCUCCUCGAGCCCCGGCCAUCUGCUCACCAAACACCACAACACCAACCAACCUACCAAAUGGCUUCCCUCAUCUCUACCUAUAAGCCUUUGUAGGUGAAGCUACUAGUUGCUCGGUGGGUUCCUGGGCCAAAUCACAGUGGAGGCAUGCAACGGAAAUGGGAGUGAAAGGUCUUCAGCAGUUUGUGGACUGCUGUUGUCCAGAGGCCCGUGUGACUGUGAACCUGAGAGAGAUGGCCAGACAGCAUGCUGCCCAAACCACAGAUCACACUACCAGUCCUACACUCAUUGUGGAUGGUAUGGCCUGCCUGCGCCACUGGUACUCAUGUAAGGACUGGGUGUGUGGGGGGCAGUGGAGGGAGUACAUGGACGCCCUGAAGAGCUGGGUGGAGAGCUUCACCUCAGCAGGUAUUAGACUGGUCUUCUUCUUUGAUGGAGUGGUUGAAGAGAAGAAGAGGCGGGAGUGGGUGAAGAGGAGACGCAGAGUAAACGGGGAGGUGUGUAAGGUAUUUCGUCACAUUAAGGCACAUGGAGAGCAGCCUGGUGGAAAUCUCUUCGUUCUUCCUUCUGGCCUGGCAACAUUCACACCCUUUGCCCUCAGGUCGCUGGGUCAGGAAGUGUUUUCCACAGUGCAGGAGGCUGACUAUGAGAUCGCCAGAUAUGCCUGUCGUCAUGGCAGCAUGGGCAUUCUGGGACAGGACACAGACUUCCUCAUAUAUGACAGUGCUCCUUACUUGUCAGUGGCAAAUCUGCGGAUAGAAAGUCUCACCACUAUCCAAUACGACCGACAGAGGGUCUGCCGAGCCAUUGGACUGUCUGUUACCCAGCUACCACUGCUGGCAUGUCUCCUAGGAAACGAUGUGGUGUCAGAGGAGCGGAUGCAGCACAUCAGGAACAAUGCCAUGGCAACAUACAGGGAAAUGCAUCCUGCUCCGCUCUCUGGAGCUCCUCGGGGGCAGAUGGUGCUAGCUGUAUCCCAGCUUGUGAGUUCUUUGUGGGGCAGGGAGGAAGAAGAGUCCAGACUUAUUCCUCAGUCUCUGAACUUGUCAGAUCCAGACAGAGAGCUCCUGGAGAGGGGCGUUCGCUCCUACUUACUGCCUGAACAGGAAGCUUUUCAGCGGGAUGACAGCUUUCCCUCCGCCUUUGAGAAAUAUGUCAGUCCAGAAAUAUUAAAGGCGUGUAGAGAGAAGCAUGUAGCGGCAGAGGGUUUCAUGGUUUACAAUGUUGUGUGUGAGGGAGUGGUUGAAUGUAGCAACAGUCUGGAGGAUGAAGAGGACAAUGAACUGCUGCCUCAGGCCCUCGUCUACAAGUCCUGCAGACAACACAUCUACAGUCUGCUGCUGCUGCACAGGCGUGAUGGCAGCAUCGUUGAACCUCCAGCAAUCAGGGAAUGGUUUGUCUACCCUGGAAACCCUCUGAAGGAACCUGACUUGGUCCACCCCGUCCCAGUUAGCCUCCCAUGCCAUCAGCCCAGUCUGGACUUGUUGUGGUUCGGCACUGGUCCUGACAUUUCUACUCUUCGUCUGGUGUCCUUUUUUUCAAUUUUUGACUGCCAGGAGUUCUCUGAGUUGUAUGGAGCUAUGGAAGACUCUCUCCUGGCUGCUCUCUGUCUAGUCACCUACAUAGCCCUCCAGGUACCAGCUCUGUCUUUAGAGGACGUGGAUGCUUACCUGAGUCAGGCUGUGUGUCUGAGACUAAAAUCCCCUCAGGAGCUUCAACAGAUCAAGCUUCCUGUCCUCUCCAGUCGGGCAGUGCAGCUGGGAUCGCUCUAUGUUCGAGGACUGAGCCACCUGCUGGGUGCAAACUCUGCCAGCGGCUGCCCGCUGCCCAGCGCUGCCCUGCUGCCUUGGCACAGCUUCGACGGACGGCUGUUCCACUCAAAGUACCUGCUGUCACACAGCGGCGCAGAAGACACUGUGCUGUUGGACAGCGAUUCUUCCUGUCUGUCUCUGUUUCUCCACCUGAGAGAGAAACUUACAGAGGCUUGCAGGAGGAGAAGCAGAGUCCUGCAGUCCAGACCCAGCCCAGAAGCCAGAUACAGAGACAGACACACAGGUUGGUCUUCAGGUGGCGGCGAGAGCUGGAGGGAGAUGACAGGAGGUCAUCGAAGUGGAGGAGGUUGGAGGGAGAGAGGAGAGUCAAGACAAGACCAAGGUGGAUAUGAAAACCAAGAGCGCAUGUGGGAGAGAGGAGGACACAGAGGACGAGGGAUGAGAGGAGGUCAACAUUUUCACCCUCAGUCUUAUCCUUACUGCAAUGAUGGAGGUCUCCAGAGCACGAAUCCUCCUCCGAAACAGUCCAGAGGCAGAUCGUAUCGCAGCAGAGGGAGAUACCAGCUGGCUCCGAGAUGGUCGCAGCCUCCUGGUCCCGGAACAUAAACUCGACCCUGACAGAGAGGAGAGGAGUAGAGGAUUAGAGGGGAGGACUUGAGGAGUUAAGAGGAUGGGAAGGACCUGAUGAAAGGAGUGAAGGAAUCAAAUUUCUCUGAACAAACUGAUUAGUGAAUUACCCGUCAAGAAUAAUGUUUGUCUAACGGAUGCAGUAGAUAGAAAAAUGGGGAUUAAGAGGAGGCAGAAAGAAGAGAUUAAGAAUACUUUGUGUCAUUUGCUAGUUUUAACUCUAAAUUUGUCUUUUUGUUCAUCGUUUUAAGUCAGUCACAAGCCUCCUCCUUCAUCUCAGGGAGACUACAUUUCUCACUGUGACAGAAAUGAACUGUACGAAGGAGAACCCACCAAACAAACACAACGACCCACUUCAAACAUGCACUGAGAAGUGGAUUAAUGGUUAAUCCUCAAGCCUGUUUUUUCCUCUUAUCUUUCACAAUAAAAAGCAAAGAUCUUAA